GUUCACACCACACCUCCCCUGAUUAUUAUCCAGUAGCAAAAGCGUCUAAAUUCGUUGUACCUGCAUCCCCUGAAAUCCGCCAAAAUGGCUUCUACCGAUCGCCGCCUCAAAUUCGUCGCCGGAGCCGAUUCCUUCGGCAGCGAUCUCAAGGAUACUCUGGUCGCUCAGCUCCGCGCUUUGAACGUCGACGUUGAAGACCUCGGCACCGACAAGUACUACUCUGUCGGAGAAGAGAUUGGGCGCCGCGUAAGCCAAGCCGCCGCCAAUUCAUCGGUCGAGGUUCGAGGCCUCGUCGCCUGCGGAACCGGCGUCGGAGUCGCCAUCUUCGCCAACAAGUUCCCAGGCGUCUACGCCGCCACCUGCCUCACCCCCGAGGAGGCGAUCAACGCUCGAUCGAUCAACAAUUGCAACGUCCUCGCUGUUUCCGGCAUGAACACUUCCCCUGAAAUCGCUUCACAAAUCCUAGAUUCAUUUCUCCGCACUCCUUUCAAAUCUCCCUGCCCUGCCUCCGGCUCGAACCCCUGGCCUUCAGAGAUCGAAUCGUUUCUCGACAGCUCCGUCACGGAGAUGUCGAAAAUCGGAACCCUAGCACAACCAUCCCAAUCCUCAACCGGAGAUCUCAAUGGAUCACCUUGCAAUCUCUGCUCGCUCGUGAAGAGCCGGGAGUUCAGCCCGGUCGAGAUCAUUCCGGGCGGAUCAAUGAUGAUAGUGAGGGAGACGCCGACAUCGGCCUUUGUGAAGUUCAAAGCCGGGAGCGUGGAACCAGCUCAUCACCACACAUUUGGGCAUGAUCUGGUUGUGCUGAGCGGGAGCAAGAGCGUGUGGAACCUGAGCAAAGGGGAGAAGUACGAUUUGGGGGCGGGGGAUUACUUGUUCACGCCGGCAGGGGAUGUUCACAGAGUGAAGUAUUUUGAGGACACAGAGUUCUUCAUCAAAUGGGAGGGGCAAUGGGAUAUAUUCCUGGAUGAAGAUCUAGCUGCUGCCAAUGUUGCCAUUGGUAACUAGGGAUGAAGAUCAUUAAAACCUGUUGUAAUUUUAUUAGCCUUGGUGUUCGCUUUAAUAGUUACUUGUGUUUAUAUUUCUCUGUUAUUGUAAGAUCUUUGUGCCAUUGUAUUUAUGAUUUCAUAGGUGAGAAUGAUAUGGUCUUUGGUUUGAGUAUGUACAAUGGGUUGAAUAACACCAAGUAAUAAUGUGUUGAGAUUUGAAUCCCCAAAUUUGGAUCUUUUCAUUUCAAAGUUUGUUUUACUGCGGUCCAAUUAGACAGUAUCAAAUUUGUGUAAGGUGUGAAAUAAGG